UAAAGUUUUUUUAUCUUUCUUGUGGAUCAAGAAUGGAGUUUGAGGGUAGGGUAAAAAAAAUGCUCUAAUAUCGCGAAUUAACUUAUCUACUUUAUACAGGGAAAAGUUUAGACAAUCCGACAUCUUCAAUAUAUUCAAAUUAAAGAAAUUCGACAGUAAUUACAGUGAUAUAUGUGAAAAAUAAAUAGUUGUUUAAAGGCUUAACAGGCUCUCUAUCUGCGAUUUCGAUUUCAACUAUGGCGUUCUCAAUAAGAAAUAUUAUUUCAAACAUAUCAUACUUUAAAAAGCCAGGAGAGCACGAAGAUGCACAUAAAAAGAAACGUCGUAACACGUAUGUGUUGGAAAAAUCAAGUUUUGAACUUUUAGACGCUGAUUCAACUUCUAUGCAGUAUACAAGCUUAGAAUUGCCGGAAUCUGUGAAAAAGUUUACAUCAAAAAAAAUCUCCUUGUCCGAUACAGAUAUCCUUAAUUUAUCUGAUGCACCACUUCGUCACAGACGCCGUAAAUGCAAAAAACUAAAGUUAGAUAUAAAAAAAGCAAGCCAAUCCAUGAACCAGCUUGAUUUCAAUGUAGAAAACACACCAAAACAUGUUCUAUUGGAAAGCCUAACAUCAGAAACAUUCAGUGAAAGGUUUAAGGGUUUUGAUUUUAAUAAAUCAUUUGACAUCAACAAUAUAUCUGACAUUGAUUCUUCCAUUGAAGAGGAGGAACUUAUGUCGGAUCAUUCUAAUAGUACAUCAAAAUCGCCAGUUAGAAUGUGCAGGAAGAUGUGCUUAGAACUUCCUUCAAGCGAUGAGAGUAGACCUAUACCAUCAACUUCACCCGAAUCAUUUGCAGAUGUUGAGUUUGAUAAAAAUGAAGAGCAACGUAUGGAGCUUCUACUGAACUACCAAAUGAAAUUAGAGAAACUUGAUUGCUUCUUAAAAAAAAUGUUUAACGAGUUCCAGUUUCAUAUUGAAGUAUCAAAAAUUUUUCAAUCCAAGUCUGUAGUAACAGCUCUGCCAGGAACAGAUUUAUCCAACAUACCAAAAAAGGUUGGAGACAUUAUGUUGAACAAUUUGGAUUUGAAAAACAUUGAUCCAUCAGGAAGUUGGAAUAUAAUUAUGGAGAAGGAAGAUCAUCAAGCUAAAACAAAAGUUAAAAAACAGUUGCUUUCUAUUAAAUCUUCUAUAGACAACUUUAUCAAUAGUUAUUUACAUAACAACAGAGAAAAUAAAUAUAUGAUUAAAAAAAGAGAACCACCAAUGCGCAUUAACCCUAAAAAGAAGCAAAAAUAUUAUGAUUUCCCAGAUCUAAGGGAUGCAAUGAUAAAUUUAUUUUCAUUUGAAGAAAGUUUAGAAGGCAGUUUUGAUGACUCCAAAUGUCUUUGUAAAUGUCAUAUCUCCCAAACUGAUUCGGGAUUAACAAUUAAGUCUCCAGAGCACUCAACAUCAAUUUCAUCUUCGAUUGGCAACUUUACUCUUGAUACAUCAAAGUUAACAGCUUACUCUGAAUCUCUAGACCAGGUUUUCAGUUAUAACAGCUUCCAAGACUCCUUGCAUAGUAUGUUUCUUCAAAAAGCUACCAUUGAACGCAUAACAUUCUAUAUACAAGUGCAUAGCAUUCAAUUACAUUGUGAAUCUAAUUUUGAAACAAAAAAUAUGGUGCUAUUCUAUUGUCCUUCGUGUAAAACAAACAAUGCUGAUGAAAACGAUCUUCUGAAACAUAUUUUGAGUCAGUCACACUGUGAAAAAAUACAUUUUCUUUACAAAACAGCUUAUAUUAAAAAGUGUGUGUCAGCUGGGAAAGAAAUACAGCCUAGUACUGUUUUGAAUCCAAUGAAAAUGUACAGAGAUGAUAAUAAAAUUGUCUGUUUUGGUGAUGCAUUGUAUGCUUGUUCAUUGUGCUUUGAGAAUCUAAUUAUGGGUGAAUCAGUCUUGAUGGCUCAUUGUUCUGAUCCUGAACAUGUGGAACGUAAAGAUAAGUUACAUGAAAUAAUUAAUUAAUAUUGUAGUAAGGUAAGUUAUCCAACUAUAUAAAGCAUUUCAUGACAUUUGUGUGAAAAAUAUUGGUUAGUGAUUAAACAAACUUAUUAUUUGUUAAGAUUUUAUGAAAUAAGAAAAGUUGACCACUUACCAAAACCACAUUUACGUUUUUUUAUAAAACACUAUUUUUGUCAGCAAUGGGCAUCAGUACAUUCAGAUUACCAUCUGUUUGAUGGAAAUUAAUUCAUUUUGGUUAUUAUAUGGUAUAUAUUAAAAA